AUGGCUUUGAACUCAGGGUCACCUCCAGGAAUUGGACCUUACUAUGAGAACCACGGGUAUCAGUCUGAGCACUUCUAUCCCCCGAGGCCACCUGUGGCUCCCAAUGGCUGCAACCUGUAUCCAGCUCAGUACUACCCAUCUCCAGUGCCUCAAUAUGCCCCGAGGGUUACAACGCAGGCCUCAACACCUGUCAUCCGCACACAGCCCAAGUCCUUAGGGACACUGUGCACCUCAACCUCACAGACCAAGAAAUCCUUGUGUGUCGCCCUCGCCCUGGGCACUGUCCUUGUGGGUGCUGUUGUGGCUGCUGUCUUGCUUUGGAGGUUCUGGGAUAGCAAGUGCUCUACCUCUGAGAUGGAGUGUGGGUCUUCGGGCACCUGCAUCAGCUCUUCUCUCUGGUGUGACGGGAUAUCACACUGCCCCAACGGGGAAGAUGAGAACCGGUGUGUUCGCCUCUAUGGACCAAGCUUCACCCUCCAGGUUUACUCAUCUCAGAGGAAAGCUUGGUAUCCCGUAUGCCAGGAUGACUGGAAUGAGAGCUACGAUAGAGCAGCAUGUAAAGACAUGGGAUACAAGAACAAUUUUUAUUCUAGCCAAGGAAUACCAGACAGCACCGGAGCAACAAGCUUCAUGAAGCUGAAUGUAAGCGCAGGCAACAUAGACCUCUAUAAAAAGCUCUAUCACAGUGACUCCUGUUCAUCCCGCAUGGUGGUUUCUUUGCGCUGUAUAGAGUGUGGAGUCCGCUCAGUGAGACGUCAGAACAGGAUUGUGGGCGGAUCGAGUGCCUCACUAGGAGAUUGGCCCUGGCAGGUCAGCCUGCAUGUCCAAGGCGUCCAUGUCUGUGGAGGCUCCAUCAUCACCCCUGAGUGGAUUGUGACAGCUGCUCACUGUGUGGAAGAACCUCUCAGCAACCCGAGGUACUGGACGGCAUUCACAGGGAUUUUGAGACAGUCUCUCAUGUUCUAUGGAAGAAGACACCAGGUAGAAAAAGUGAUUUCCCAUCCAAAUUACGACUCUAAGACCAAGAAUAACGACAUCGCUCUCAUGAAGCUGCAGACGCCUCUGACUUUUAACGACGAAGUGAAGCCAGUGUGUCUGCCAAACCCAGGCAUGAUGCUGGACCUAGCCCAGGAAUGCUGGAUUUCAGGGUGGGGGGCCACCUAUGAGAAAGGGAAGACCUCGGAUGUGCUGAAUGCUGCCAUGGUACCCUUGAUUGAGCCCUCCAGAUGUAAUAGUAAAUACAUAUACAACAACCUUAUCACACCAGCCAUGAUCUGUGCCGGCUUCCUGCAGGGCACUGUGGACUCUUGCCAGGGAGACAGUGGAGGGCCACUGGUUACUUUGAAGAAUGACAUCUGGUGGCUGAUUGGGGACACAAGCUGGGGCUCCGGCUGUGCCAAGGCAUUCAGACCUGGAGUGUACGGGAACGUGACAGUAUUUACAGACUGGAUCUACCAGCAAAUGAGGGUAACUUCCCUAAUUCCUGGGUUAUCUAUCUCCUUGAGCUCAAGCCACAGGUCUGGGAGGAAUGCACCAUGGCAGGAAACAGACACUUUCAAGGCCUGA